AAAUAAAAACAAACUUUAUUGCGAAAUACAAGAAAAAAGCUUUUGCACAUAAGUUGCAAUCCUUCGCCAGGUGAAUUUCACCUUUACUGCGGUAUAAAUAUCAACAGUCUUCAAUUAGGGACCGAUUCUACUGCCUAUAGUGCUGCUGGAAGCCAGCGGACUAGCUCAAAGAAUCGUCACAGACAAAUUCCAAAAUUACCACCGACCAGGAGCCGAUCCACCAAGUCGAAAGUGCCAAAAGUAUGUCGUCGCCAUGGAUCAAGACACAGGAGCCCGUGCAGACCACGAGUCUAGCUGAUAUCAUGUCGGAGCAGUAUGCCCAUCGCCUGCAUAACGAAGAAGUAAAGCGACAUCAGCAGACCCAAAAGAAAACUGAGCCAGAAGUAUCAUCCAUCUGGGAGGGGGCAGCAGCCACUCCGCCGGACACUGCCAGCUACUCCGACGUGGCUGCAAUAUCAGCAAAGACCAACAGCGAGACGGAAGAGUGGGAGGAUUAUUCUGCUCUGCUGAAGGAGUGCGCAGAUGCCGAUUUGCCACCAGAGGUGCUGGCCCUGCUUGAGGAAGAGGCCAGCGGCAGUGGCGGCGACUCAGAUGCAGUCAUUGCCCAAAUGCUGCAGUCCCAGUUCGAUCACGAGUACAACGAGGAGCUGCGUCGCAUCGAACAGAAGCAGAACAAGCAGUCCAAGGUGACUGUAACGCUGGAGAAGUUUCGACGCAGCGGCGAGGCGGAGUUCCUGCACGACACCGAGGAGGAUGACUACGAGGAGGACGAGGUGGAGCGUCUAAGGCACGACUGGGAUCGUUUCGAGACCAACGAGAAGAGGCUGGAGUCCAUACCGAGGUGUGGCUUCAAAAUGAGCAAGGAGGGCGAAAUGAUUACCAAGCACGAUCCGCAGCUGUGCGCCGUCCGUAAUGCCCAGCGCGUGAUGUCAUUUCCUCCAGAGUUUCCCACUGGCGAUGGAGCUGGCUUCGACAUGAAGCUGUCCAACAAGGUGUUCAAUCAGUUGAAGGCCUACUCACGGCGAGGCCGUUCCGAUCGUCACGAGAAAGUGGCCACUGCCGAAAUGGGCUUGGAUGCCAGCACGCGGCUGCUGCUGUACAAGCUGAUCAACAAUCAAGUACUCGAACAGAUCAACGGCAUCAUAUCCACGGGAAAGGAGGCGGUGAUACUGCAUGCCAACUCCGAUUCCAGCUACACCGGCAGCAAUGAGCAUGGCCAUCAAAGCGGUGUGCUGAUGGCGCCGAAUCUCCUGCCCAAGGAGUGUGCCAUCAAGAUCUUCAAGACGACACUGAAUGAGUUCAAGCAGCGGGAUCGGUACAUCAAGGACGACUAUCGCUUCAAGGAUCGUUUCAGCAAGCAAAAUCAUCGCGUCAUCAUCAACAUGUGGGCGGAGAAGGAGAUGCACAAUCUGAUGCGCAUGCAGAACAUUGGCCUUAAUGUGCCCGAUGUGGUCGUGCUGAAGAAACAUGUUCUGGUCAUGCGCUUCAUCGGCGACAAUCACAACGCGGCGCCUAAGCUGAAGGAUGCCCACCUGAGUGCUGCCGAGCUCAGCUGCGCCUACGAAGAGAUUGUUGCGGCCAUGCACAAGCUGUACAACGAGGCCAAGUUGGUCCAUGCCGAUCUCAGCGAGUACAACAUUCUCUGGUUCGAGGGCAAGUGCUGGUUCAUCGACGUGGCCCAGAGUGUGGAGCCGAAGCAUCCCAGUGCCCUGGAGUUCCUCAUGCGGGACUGCGGCAACAUUGUGAACUUCUUCGAGCGUCGCGGACUGCCCAACAUCUACAGCAAGGAGCAGCUGUUCGAAUACAUAACCAAUCUCAAUGCGGAGACCCAUAAUGCUGCCAUGCUGGAGAGGAUUCACACACGUGGCGCGUCCAUCAACGAGGCCACUGCACCCAAUCAGCAGGAGUGUCCCGACGAACUGAAGCCUCUCGAGUAUCCCUUCGAGCUGGCCUGGGAGAAGUCACAGCGGGAUCGCGAGGCAACCAAAGCAAACAAGCAGCAGCAAGAUGCUAACGAACAGGAUGAUGAGCAGGAAAGCGAUGAAGAUGAAGGGGAAAGCAAGGAUAAGGACAAUAAGACUGCCAAACAUUAAAACGACAACCAAACAGCCAGUGUUUCCUUGACAAAUAACAAACUCUAGUUCGCUUUUUCUAUGAUAUUUAAA